UCUGGUCCAGCAGACAUGGAGAUUUCCAGUAACAAGCUUUUCUGCUGCAGGUGGGUUCGUAACAAAGUCCCUCUGACCCACAGAGAGGAGCUGUAUCACAUCCUGAGGAUGACAGGACCCCUGCUGCUCUCUCGAAUCCUCAAUUACCUGCUUCCGUUUGUGGUUACCAUGUUCUGUGGUCGUCUUGGAAAUAAUGUGAUGGCUGGCUAUGGAUUAGCUUCUGCUACCAUUAAUGUGACCACUGCAGCGACAGGAUGUGGACUGGCACUGGCAUGUGAUACUUUGGUGUCUCAGACUUUUGGUGGUAAGAACCUGCUGCGUGUGGGAGUGAUCCUUCAGCGAGGCAUCAUUAUCCUGCUAUUGUUCUGUCUCCCCUGCUGGGGUCUCCUCAUUAAUGCCCAGGCCAUCCUCUUAUGCUUGGGCCAGGACCCUGAGGUGGCAAGAAUAGCACAGCUGUAUAUUACAGCCUUCCUUCCUGCAGUGCCAGCAAUGUUUCUUCAUCAUCUUCAGGUGUCUUAUCUGCAGAACCAGGGAAUAAUACUGCCACAACUGUACACUGCUGCUCUGGCAAACAUAGCAAACCUGGUGACAAACUACAUCUUUCUUAAUUGGCUGGAUCUUGGUGUUGGCGGCUCUGCUGCAGCCAAUACUCUAUCUUGGAUUUACAUCUGUGCUUUUUUGUUUGCGUACAUCUGGUGGAAGAAGCUCCAUGUUACAACAUGGGGAGGCUGGUCUGUAGAAUCGCUGCAGGAGUGGGGCUCCUACAUGAAGCUGGCCAUUCCCAGUACCUUAAUGACUUGUUUUGAGUGGUGGGUUUAUGAGUUUGGAGGAUUCUUUGCAGGAAUGCUGGGUGAAGAAGAGCUGGCAGCCCAACAUGCUGGGAUAAUGGUGGCUUUCAUUACUUACAUGUUCCCUCACGGUAUUCAAGCUGCAGCAUGUGCCCGUGUGGGUAAUGCUCUCGGUUCAGGAGACACUGCCAGGGCGAUUCUAUCUGCCAAGAUGUCACUGGCUCUUGCAGGUCAUUUUGCAGUUGUUGAAGGCCUCAUCCUUGGCAGCACUAAAACAGUGAUUGGGUUCAUCUUCACGUCUGAUGAGAAAAUUGUAGCUCUGGUCUCACAGUUGAUGAAUGCCUACUGUUUCCUUCAACUUUUUGAUGGCCUCGUGUGUGUGUGCACAGGCAUCUUCUUGGGUACAGGCAAACAGAAGAUACCAGCUGUGGCUAAUUUCUUUGGAUACUACUUCAUAGGGCUUUCAAUGAGCAUUACUCUGAUGUUUGUUGUAAAACUAGGAGUGCUGGGUUUUUGGCUUGGACUGCUCAUUUGUGUCGCCUUACAGUCCAUCUUUUAUGUCAUUGUCAUCUUCAAGCUGAACUGGAAGAGAAUGACAGAUGAGGCCAUAAAACGAGCUCAGAAAAAGACUCACAUGACAGAAUCAGACACAGAUGCUGUUUCAGACGCUGGCCAAACAUCAAGUAAUGGGAAGUCUGGAGAUGGCUACAUGCCAGUGAGUACCAAAUGCCAAGAGUCACAAGGUGCACGUGUGGACCAGGACCUGAAAAUUAGCCGUCUUUCCACCACUCAGCUGAUCCUCAGGCGAGGUCUCACUAUGUUUGCAGCAGUUGGACUCCUUGCUAUAGGAGCAGGUGUGCACUUCCUUGUGCCAUUGCCAGAGACCCUGCCUGCAAACUUUACACUGGACUGGAUCAAUUCUACAGAUACUCCUGAUCAAAUAUUCUCCAGUGUGCUGGUCACAUUAGAAGAGAUGGCAUAA